CGGAUCCUAGCACCAAAAGCACAACAAUUUCGAAAAUGGCACAUGACGCACAAAUUCUUCAGCAGCACAACAUCGAACUUGUAAAACUGAUAGAAGAUUUGUGUCAGAAAAGAGAUCAGUUACAAAAAGCAAUUAUUGAGGAAGAUGAUGAAAAAAACCGUCUACAGCAUGACAUGAGGAUUAUUUCGGAGAAACUUGCGAAAAUAAAUGAUUCACUAAGCAAGAAGCUAGUCGUUCGGAAUUCUUAUGAUAAGGCGAUUGCCGAAUCACAACAAGCCUACUCGAAAGUAUUAUGUACUCAUAAUACGUAUGAAUUUUAUAGCUAUUAGAAAACUCUUAUGGGUUGUUGAAUGUCUUGAAAUGCAAUCAAGAAAAAAUAAAAGAUAAGUUCGCUAAAACCUAUAAUUCCUAAUAUCUAAAGAUAAGACUCGAUUGCUACUAUCUAAGCUUACAAACGGUUCUUUAAGCCGAUCAAUUCCUUACAGUAUAUUAAAAUGCAGAUACACAUAGAUUAUCUGGUUCAUUGUCUACAAAAUAAUAUCUGAGACAUUUUUUAUUCAUCCCCAUAGACCAUAUCUCUGUAACAGAGUAUUUGUAUCAAACAGUUAGUCUUCAGUUUGCAUUAAAAUAACUAAUGUUUGUC